AUGAAUAAAGAUAAGCAAGGUACCAAGAACAUUCAAAAUGAGGAAGAGUUUCCAUUUAAAUUUUUACAAAAUAACGGCGUACAAGCUGGUCAAGAGAUAGGCCAUGUACACUUCCAUUUCAUUCCUGUUGGCCCUGUUAAAUUGGGUCCCCAUGCAGGGUCAACAGACAAACAAGUUUUUGUUGAAGAAUUGAAGGAGUUUCAACUGUAUCUAAAGGAGGAAUUAAGCAAAUGA